CCUCUCUUCCUCCAAAAUAAAUAUCUCCCCAAGUCCCCCACCUCCUUUCUUCCUCUUUCUUUCUCUCUCCAUUUUCUCUCUCUAUUUCUCUCUGUUUCGAUUCCCAAACGCCGAGAGUCGUAGCAGAGACUCGCCUGUUCUUCGAUUCAACUCCGACUUGGUUUAUGAGCUCGAAGGAGAAGCCCACUCUAGGUGGUCAGCGGAUCAAGACCCGCAAACGGAAUAUUGCAGCCCCUCUGGACCCUGCAGCAUUUGCGGAUGCAGUGGUCCAGAUUUAUCUGGAUAAUGCUGGUGAUCUGGAAUUAAUUGCUAAGUGCAUUGAAUCUUCAGACCUUAACUUCAGCAGAUAUGGUGACACUUUCUUUGAGGUUGUGUUCACUGGAGGGCGUACUCAACCUGGAACAACAAAGCCUGAUGAGGGGGAGAGGCACACUUACUCAAUUCUAGACUGUGAGGCAAAGCGUGAAGUGAUAUUGCCAUCUGUAAUCUACAUUCAGAAGAUUUUAAGGCGAAGGCCUUUUCUGAUUAAGAAUCUUGAAAAUGUUAUGCGAAGGUUCCUUCAGUCCCUUGAGUUUUUUGAGGACAAUGAAAGGAUUAAGCUUGCCAUUUUCACAGCACUUGCCUUCUCACAGAAGCUCUCUGGUCUCCCACCAGAGACAGUGUUUCAGCCACUUCUUAAGGAUAACCUAGUUGGGAAAGGACUCGUUCUUACUUUCAUCACAGACUUCUUCAAGGAAUAUCUUAUCGAUAAUCCCCUUGAUGAUCUCAUCUCCAUCUUGAAACGUGGCAAAAUGGAGGACAAUCUGCUUGAGUUCUUUCCCUCUGGGAAGCGAUCCGCUGAAGCUUUCUCUGAGCAUUUCACUAAAGCAGGCAUGGGUGCUUUGGUUGAAUAUAAUGACAAGAAGAUCUUUGAGGUGAAGGUGAAGGAAAUGAAAACAGCAUUGACAACUCAGAUAUCAGAGGAAGUUGAUAUAUCAGAAGUGAUUGAAACAGUAAAACAGCAUGUGAAGGAUGCUAAAUUGCCUGAGAUUGAGGUAGUGAGGAUUCUGUGGGAUGUUCUGAUGGAUGCUGUUCAGUGGUCAGGGAAGAAUCAACAGCAGAAUGCUAAUUUGGCUCUGCGCCAGGUGAAAACAUGGGCUAAGCUGCUGAACACAUUCUGUACAAGUGGAAAGCUUGAGCUGGAGCUGCUUUACAAGGUUCAAGUGCAGUGUUAUGAAGAUACAAAACUGAUGAAGCUGUUUCCUGAGAUUGUGAGAUCCCUUUAUGACCAAGAUGUUCUUGCUGAAGACACUAUCCUUCAUUGGUUCCGUAAAGGAACCAAUCCAAAGGGAAGGCAAAGCUUUGUGAAGGCAUUGGAGCCAUUUGUGAAGUGGCUGGAGGAGGCAGAAGAGGAGGAAUAGAUGUGAUUCAUGACUGCUCUACUGUCUUAAUGUCUUUGCUUAAAACUUGAUGUGUGUUUGUUUGGUUGUUUGUUUGUUUGUGUACUUUUCUGCUGUCCUUGUCAAAAUUUUUAUGAUAUGCUCUCUCUGAUGAAUUGAUUCGAAUAAUCUGUGUUUGUUUACAAA